AUGACAGCCCCCGAAAACAAGAUCUAUGUCCUCACUGGAGCAAAUAGAGGUCUCGGCUUCGGCUUGACCAAAAGCCUACUCGCUCGCCCAGCAACUACCAUCGUGGCUUCUGUCCGCAACCCCGAGGCUGCCACUAGCCUCAAGUCAGGCAUCGAAAAUGCCACCGUAGGCGGAAACAGUGUCCUCCACAUUAUCGAGCUGGACUUCAAUACCGCCAUCUCCCCGAAGGAGAUCCUCCAAAUUGUUACCACCACCCUCUCCCCGAUAUCCCACGUCGAUAUCCUGAUUUGCAACGCUGGAUUCGCGGCGCCCUUCACCCGCGCUAGUCUCACUUCAGCAGAAGACCUGCGCACUUCGUUCGAAGUCAACACCAUCGCACCUCUGAUGGUUUUUCAAGCAUUUUGGCCUCUUAUGCAGAAGUCACCUUCUUCUCCUAAGCUUGCUGUCAUUUCAUCGUCCGUUGGGUCGAUUACUGAACAGGAGCCUGUCCCUGGUGGUGCUUACGGUCCCAGUAAAGCUGCAUCUAACUGGAUUACUAAAGCGCUUCAUUCUGAGAAUGAAGCGCAUGGUCUUGUUGCGUUUUCACUUCACCCGGGUUGGGUACAGACGCGUGCUGGGGACUUUGCUGCGAAGGAGUGGGGAUACUCAGGUAGUCCGCCUGUCACUGUUGACGAGAGUGUGAAUGGCAUGUUGGAGGUAAUUGAUGGAGCGACGAGAGAAAACUUCUCUGGUAAAUUUGUCACUCAGACUGGCGAGAUAUUGCCGUGGUAG